CUGUCUCUCUGUCCAUCCCCACCCCCAGGCUUUGUGGUGACCCAGCUGGUGACGUCGUGUGGCAGCGACGGUCACUCCAUGGCGCUGACAGAGAGCGGCGAGGUGUUCAGCUGGGGAGACGGAGACUACGGGAAGCUGGGACACGGAAACAGUGACCGUCAGAGACGACCGCGACAGAUCGAAGCCCUGCAGGGAGAGGAGGUGGUGCAGAUGUCCUGCGGGUUCAAGCACUCCGCGGUGGUGACCGCUGAUGGGAGGCUGUUCUCCUUCGGGAACGGGGACUAUGGCAGGCUUGGGCUGGGAAACACCUCCAACAAGAAGCUCCCUGAGAAGGUCACUGCGUUGGAGGGGUACCAGGUCGGACAGGUGGCGUGUGGUCUGAAUCACACCGUAGCCGUCUCCGUCGAUGGAAUGAUGGUCUGGGCCUUCGGAGACGGAGACUACGGGAAACUGGGCCUGGGGAAUUCUACCGCCAAGUCCUCUCCUCAGAAGGUGGACGUUCUCUGUGGCCUCGGCAUCAAGAAGGUGUCCUGUGGAACUCAGUUCUCUGUUGCCCUCACUAAAGAUGGCAACGUGUACACGUUCGGACAAGACCGACUCAUAGGGCUGCCGGAGGGCCGGGCCAGGAACCACAACCGUCCCCAGGUGGUGCCAGCUCUGUCUGACGUGUUUAUACAGGAUGUGGCUGUGGGGGCCGAACACACACUGGUCCUGUCCUCCACCGGAGAGGUCUAUACCUGGGGCAGCAACUCAGAGGGACAGUUGGGUCUGGGCCACACCAACCAUGUGAGAGAGCCCACCCUGGUGACAUCACUACAGGGGAAGGACAUUCACCAGGUCUCUGCUGGUCGCUGUCACUCUGCUGCCUGGACCGCUCCGUCUGUCCCUCCCGGGCUCCGGGUUCCUCCGUACCCCUCCAGCUCGGCCUGCCGUCAGCGGUGCCUCCCCAGUUCAGCUCUCUGAGAGAGGUCAGCAUGGAGGCAGUCCGGGCCAGACUACGUGUUCUUUAUCACUUCUCUGACCUCAUGUACUCAUCAUGGAGAUUACUCAACCUCAGCCCCAACAACCAGAGCUGUACGUCCCACUACAACACAGGGACGUGGGGCAUCGUCCAGGGCCAGCUGAGGCCCCUGCUGGCCCCCAGAGUCUAUACUCUCCCCAUGGUGAGGUCCAUAGGGAAGACUAUGGUGCAAGGAAAGAACUAUGGACCCCAAAUCAC